UGUUGUUUCAGAUUGAAAAUGUUUCACGGCGGUAUUUGGGCGAAGCUCCGUCCGUACUACAAGUGGUACGUGCUGGGGCUGGUGUCCGUAGGCUACAUACUUGGAGAGCUCGGACAUUACCUUAUCGGAACCACAUCAAAAGUGACAGCAAAUGACUUACACUACGGCGACAAGGCGUGCAUGCUCAACACUACACACACUCACCUGACAUACGCGCAACUACCAGUCAUCUGCGAGAAAGUCAACUCCAGUGAAAUAUGCGAGUCCCUAACCCUGAACGGCACGAGGUACUGCGAUUGGGGCUACAACGGGCUGGGGAUAGACUACCAGGUGCUGGCUGGCCCGGCGUUCAUGGCAGUCUUCACUGUGGUCGGCGUCAUUAUUGGAUUCAUCGCCGAUAAGUACAACCGCGCAAAAAUCCUUUCCUACUGCACACUAGUCUUCGUCAUCGCCAUAAUCCUGAUGGGGGCCGUCAAGGAAUACUGGCACCUGGUAGUCCUCAGGAUGAUCAUGGCCGCCGGCGAGUCAGGAUGUAACCCUCUGGCCACUGGCAUCCUGACUGAUAUGUUUCCGGAACACCAGAGGGCGCUGGUGCUAUCGAUCUUCAACUGGGGGAUCUAUGGGGGGUACGGUAUUGCUUUCCCUGUUGGGAGGUAUAUACCUGAGUUGAAUGCUUGGGGAUUGAGCUGGCGAGUAUGCUACUACGGAGCCGGCAUCGUCGGCAUCGUCCUCACGAUCCUCACCUUCAUGACUCUUCGUGAGCCGGAGCGCACCACCAUCGGGGAGGAGGGGGGCAAGGCGGAGAAUAUGGAGGCGGGGAAGAAACAGCCCCAGAUCACCAUCUGGCACGUCAUUACUCAGCCGAGGAUCAUAUUGCUGUGUAUUGCGGCUUCUAUCAGACAUUGCGGCGGUAUGUGCUUCGCAUACAACGCUGACUUGUACUACCGGGACUACUUCCCCGACGUGGACCUGGGCUGGUGGCUGUUCGCCGUAACCGUCGGCAUCGGUUCCGUUGGCGUUGUCGUUGGCGGCGUCGUGUCUGACAAAUUCGUGGCUAAGCUGGGCGUCCGCUCCCGUGUGCUCGUGCUGGCUCUAUCACAGCUGAUCGCCACUUUACCCGCCUUCGGCUCAGUAGUCUUCGGACCUCUGUGGGCCAUGAUCACCCUCGCUCUCUCUUACUUCUUUGCUGAGAUGUGGUUCGGCAUCGUUUUCGCGAUCCUCGUGGAGAUCGUGCCGCUUUCCGUCCGUUCCACCACCGUUGGCGUGUUCCUGUUCGUCAUGAACAACGUGGGAGGGAACCUUCCCAUCCUGGUGGACCCUGUCGCCAAGGCUAUUGGCUACAGAGAGGCUAUUAUGAUCUUCUACGCCGGCUUCUACGGAAUCAGCUGUAUCCUCUUCUUCCUGACUAUGUUCUUCAUGGACGGCCCAGUGAAGGCCCAGGAGCCCGCACAGCUCAGCCCGACAGCCAAACCCAUAGGCUUAGACAACAGAGCGUAUAGCCACGACGAACUACCCGCGCGAAACGGAACGCGCCACGCACACGAUUCUAGCAAAUUGUAGUUCAUCUGUGGUAAUUCUUGGUGUCCAUGCCUAAAGUGGAUACGAUAAAGAACCUUGUAGUUUGUCUGUGGUAAUUCUCGAUGUUUAUCUAUGCCUAAAGUGGACGCGGGAAAGAACCUUAAAUGCAUGUACUUAAGGUUCGAUUUUGUUGUAAAGUUAAUAUCAAUUCAGAAGUACCUAUCGAUUUUUAUAGGACUUAGACAAAAGGCGAACUACCAGUUUUUUCAUGGCUAUGCCUGAAAUGUAUCGUACGAGUAAGUGCCUUAUGAGCAUGUGCUUAAGAUAUAAUUUUGUCUGCUGUGUUAUCUACUAUAAGGUUGAUAUUCGUUUAGAAGAGAUGUUUUUGAGAGGCUGAUGAAUGAUGAUCCAAUUUGUUUAAUAGUUUGGUUAAGUGGAAUACACGGAGAAUGCAUUUUGAAUCUCGUCAUAUAACGAACGUGUCAUGUAGUGACAACGAUAGCUUUUAAGAGAUGACUAGAAUCUCUAGAAUGUGUCAUUUAUCUCUUUCUACCACAUAAAUGCAUCCAAUAGAUUUGCCAACGUUUUAAAUAUAGUCUGGUAAACUAAUUUGUCAGUAACAAAAGGCAUGAAAUAGGCUACUUUCUUACUAGUCAAAUCAGCUUCUUUUUAGAACUGUCAAAACUAUUUGCUAAUAUGAAAUUUAUAUGAAAAUGAGUAGAGUGACGUCACGGUCAACUCACCUACUUUUUAUAUUUCAAUCCCAUUUAUUAAAUAGAAAAAGUGUUUAAAAUAACUGCUAUCUAUGUUUUUCUAAUAAUUAUCUGGUGCUUUAUUUCGCGCACAGUGGGAAAUAAUUUAUUUUAAGUAGGUAGAGGAAAUAUGCCAAUUAGAUUUUUUAUGAGAAUUCUACCGUUCGGUUUGGAGUCAAUUUUUUUCCUUUUUCCUGACAAAAUUGGUUUUGCCGACCCUUACUUAAUUUACAAAGAAACAAUGUUUCCUCAGAUUUGUGUCUAGAUUAAGUGACAUGUGAAGUUGAACGUGUGACCAAGCUCUUGCCUAAAACCAUACGCCAUAGAUGUAGUUGUUGAUGUUGAAGAAUGAAGAUUGUCAUUAGGUUAUGAUACUAAAGUUGUUUUUCGUUUGACAUUAUUUGUCAAGCACCAUGAUUACUUUGGGACGGACUUGUGGUAUUAAUACAUUUGAUAUUCUUCUUUAAAAUAAUUAUAAUAAGGUUUACAUUACCAGCAACAUACUUUUGAGUAUAUUGAGCAAUUUUAUACUUUUUCUUUUAACGUAGAAAAUUUAAAUGAAGAAUAAAACCAUUUGUCUGACAAAUUACAAUUUCUCGAGUCUAAAUAAUUUAAGCUAUUCAAAAGUGAAUGGCAUCAAUGUUGCCAGUUAAAAGAAAAAUUGUAACCUGUACAGACGUUCACUGUCCGUGCCCCGUGUAUGGGUCACUGGAAGCCUCUAUUACAGAGCCGUAAGGUUGACAGUUCAGAUUGGGACAGUGAAUGUGUAAAUCGAAGUAAUCAUGGUGUACUAUAGGGCUCUAGAUUAUAAAGCUACAGGUUACCUUUUUUCUUUUAACUGGCAACAUUGAUGCCAUUCACUUUUGAAUAGCUUAAAUGAUUUAGACUUGAAAAAUUGUAAUUUGUAACUAAAUAUAAUUAGCCCUAAACAUGAAAGUAACAUAAUCGUACCUAAUUUAUUUUACAAAAAAAAGAAAAAUUACUCAGAACAUUAGUUAUUGUAAUGUAAAAAAAGAAGCAGUUGCUAUUGUGAUACUGACUUUUGUACAUAUUUAUUUUGUUAAUUACUAAGUAUAAUUAUUGUAAAUAGAAAUAAAAAUUUAAUUUA